AUGGCCUUAACGCACGAUGACUACACAGUCGCGUGGAUAUGCGCCCUCCCGUUGGAGAUGGCAGCGGCAAGCGUCAUGCUGGACAAGACCCAUAAUCUCCUGCCUAAGCCUUCCACUGAUCCGAAUGCAUACGUACUUGGUGAAUUGAACGGCCAUUAUAUCGUGAUUGCCUGUCUGCCAGAUGGCAUAUAUGGAACCAUAUCUGCUUCCACAGUCAUGGCUCACAUGGUCUCAACCUUCCCACGGGUCCAGUUUGGUCUGAUGGUGGGGAUUGGAGGAGGGGUACCCAGUACAAGUAAUGACAUCCGGUUGGGGGAUGUGGUCGUCAGCAAGCCUGUCGGAAGAUACAGUGGAGUGAUCCAAUAUGAUUACGGCAAGGCAGUUCAAGGCGGACAAUUCGAGCCGACAGGCACAUUAAACAAGCCGCCACAGACUCUUCUGACACAUGUGGCUCACCUUGAGUCGAGGGAGAUGAUUAGGAAAGAGGGUGCUAUUUCGACAAUAGUGCGGGAUGUACUGGAUCGAAAUCCUGGCAUGAAAGACCGAUUUUCGCCCCCAAAUCAGCGGUCCGAUUAUCUGUUUCGUUCCUCGUAUCGCCACGUUGACCCAGAAAGCAACUGCGAAAAGUGCGACAAAAACAAAUUAGUCUGCCGACUGCCGCGGACACCCGACACACCUCAUAUCCACUAUGGAUUGAUUGCAUCUGGAGACCAAGUGAUGAAGGACUCUGAAGCUCGAGACCGUCUCGCUCAUCAGCAUGGCAUACUCUGUUUUGAGAUGGAGGCAGCAGGCCUUAUGGACGGGCUUCCGACCCUGGUGAUCCGCGGGAUAUGCGACUACUGCGACUCUCAUAAACAGAAGGAGUGGCAGGGAUAUGCGGCUUUGACAGCAGCUGCCUAUGCGAAAUGGUUGCUGUCGGCCAUGCCCGUCUCUCUCAUGACUCAGGGCUUGACAAAGAACAACUGCAGAAUGGGUCACUAUAUGGUCCCACUGGGAAGGAAUCCGCGAUUCGUUGGUCGUCAGAACGAAUUCACCAGACUGGAAGAGCUAAUUAUGAUGAAAGACGGGCCCAGAAAAGUCGCCAUUACAGGUUUAGGAGGGGUUGGGAAAACGCAAGUGGCCUUGGAGCUCGCAUACCGCAUACGGGAACGAGAUACGGAGUGCUCGAUCUUCUGGCUUGCAUGCACUAGCUAUGAGGUGAUGGAGCAGGCGUACCUGAAUAUCGCGCAGACUGUUGGGCUUCACGAUGUGAAGCCGGCAGAAGUCAAGGAGCAAGUCAAAAGAUACCUCAGCUCCGAGCAGGCCGGGAAGUGGCUUCUGAUCUUUGACAACGCUGAUGACAUGGAGAUGUGGCUGUCAGAUGAUCGCCCAGGUCCAGCUCUUGAGGACUGUCUCCCUCAGAGCGAACAAGGCCGCAUUCUGUUCACCACAAGGAACCGAAAACUUGCCGUGGAGCUAACAUCCUCUAAUAUCAUUCCCAUUCCAGAUGUGGAUGAGGACACCGCAAUAAAAAUUCUCGAGAGGUCACUGGUAGAUACGGGUUUGCUUCAGGAUCAUCCCACAGCAGUUGCUAUUUUGGAGAAACUGGUGUUUCUGCCCUUGGCAAUCACGCAGGCAUCGGCAUACAUUAAUAAAAAUGGCCUGAGCCUGUCCACCUACUCUGCGCUUCUAGAAGAACAUGAACCAGAGGUAGUGGAACUCUUGAGCGAAGACUUCAAAGAUGAAGGGCGAUAUAAGGAUCUCCAGAACCCAGUGAUCACCACAUGGUUAAUCUCAUUCAAACAGAUCCAACGCCAGGACCAACUGGCAGCCGACCUUCUAUCUUUCAUGGCCUGUAUUAAUCCACGAAACAUCCCCCAGUCCCUUCUUCCCAUGCCAAAAUCCAGGAAACGUGGAAUUGAUGCUUUGGGACUUCUGAAUGCAUAUGCAUUUAUCAACAGCCAAGAUACGAGCUUAAACUUACAUAGACUGGUGCAUAUUGCGGCAAGGAACUGGUUGAAAAAGAAUACACUCUUUAGUCACUGGAUCCAGAGAGCCGCUGAUCAGAUGCGCAAGGUGUUCCCAGAUGAUCACCAUACAAAUCGAGGACUCUGGCGAGAAUACCUCCCACACGCCUUAUCCCUUGCAUAUGAGGAUGUAUUCACAGCACAGUGGAAAGAGUAUAUUGAUUUGAUUCAGAAUAUUGCAGAUUGCCUUUUCGAAGAUGGGAGAUGGAAUGAAGCAGAGGUGCUAUACACCGAGCUAAUACGGAUCAAACAGGAGGAAACUGGGCCCAAUCACCCCUCUGCUUUAUCCAGCAUGGCAAACCUAGCAUUAACCUACUGGAAGCAGGGACGAUUAAAUGAAGCUGAGAAGCUUGGGUUGCAAGUAUUGGAGAUGAGGAAGACCAUGCUAGGGGCUGAACAUUCUGAUACUCUCAUGGCCAUGUCGAACCUAGCAUUAACCUACUGGGCGCAGGAACGAUGGGAUGAAGCUGAGAAGCUUGUGUUGCAAGUAUUAGAGAUGAGGAAGACUGUUCUAGGGGCUGAACAUCCUGAUACUCUUAUCAGCAUGGCGCACCUAGCAUCAAUCUACUGGGCGCAGGAAAAAUGGGAUGAAGCUGAGAAGCUUGAGUUACAAGUAUUAGAGAUGAGGAAGAUUGUCCUAGGGGCUGAACAUCCUGACACUCUCGCCGGCAUGCACAACCUGGCCUAUACCUGGAAAUCCCAAGGAAAGCUGCAAGAAGCCUUAGCCCUAGUGGGAAAAUGUUCUGAGCUUCACAAUAAAACAUUGGGGCCUAAUCACCCUGAUGCCAUAUCCUCCUCGCGCGAUCUCAGUGACUGGAAGGACAUCCAUGAUUCAUUACCAAACGAAAGUCCCCCGAUGGCGACCAUCCAACCCGAACGACUACACAAUCUGCCGGAAGUCGCAGCAAAUCAUACAGCUGCUGCGUUGAUCGCUCAGCCACUGUAUGAAGAGCGCGUCAAGUCACCCUAUACGCCAAGACGGUCCGCUGCAAAACUAUUUCUGGGAGAUCAUCCCCUUCUCAUGGCUUCCAGAAGAACCUCAACCGUGCCGGAGGUCAGGACCUGCAAGAAAUAG